AUGUAGUUAGGAAUUACUAGUACUCAAAAUGCGAACCCAAACUACUACAUAGAAUAUAUAGGCACCAAGUCGAUUAAGUAGCUAGCCCAAAAAUGUAUCCUACAGCUCCUGACCAUGAGAAAUAUGCAGGUGAUCAUGAUCACCAUAUUCCAGGUCAUGUUCCAGCUUUGAGUCCUCAUGGUGCAGCAAGAGUCUAUGCUCCUCCAUAUGUAGUAAGUACGGUGCGGUCUGCUCGUCAUGUAGGAGGGGAGUGGUCAAGUGGUCUUUGCCAUUGUUGUGAUGAUCCUGCAAAUUGUCUGAUCACUUUAUUUUGCCCUUGCAUCACAUUCGGCCAGAUAGCUGAGAUAGUGGAUCAAGGUUCCUCGUCUUGUGCUCAAAAGGGAACUUGUUAUGGGAUUCUUCUUUCAACUACUGGUCUUGCUUGCUUGUACUCGUGUUUCUAUCGGUCGAAGUUGAGAGGUCAGUACGACUUGGAAGAAGCACCUUGUGUGGAUUGCCUAGUUCAUUUCUGCUGUGCUACUUGUGCACUUUGUCAAGAGUACAGAGAGCUCAGGAGUCGUGGUUUUGAUAUGGGAAUCGGUUGGGAAGCUAACUUGGACAGACAAAGGCGAGGAGUUACUCAAGCUCCGAUUGUGGCACCAGGCAUGACAAGAUAAAUGACCAGACAAGAGAAAAAUUACAUGCAGAUGGCAGCGGUUCUUGUACACUCUUUUUAUUAUAUUCUCUUGCUACUAAAUGCUGGUUUGGAGAGUUUGCCCAUCUGUUCUUUGCUGUACCAUCUUAAUAAAAGUGUACAUGUUGUAUAAAAAAA